GCAGGUUCUAUAGUAUCACCAUCGUCCUGAUCAUUUUCUGUUUCUUUGGUCUGCGAGUGCGACGGCGAGUUCGGAAAAUAAGAUCAAUCAGUCCGAUCGGAUUCCGAUUUCAGACUUUGAAAUACUUAGAAGCAGGAAUAGCACGGAGAAAUGCAAUUCUUCGGAGGAACGGAGAUAAGCCCGUCGCUGCCGGCGUCGACGGCGUCGGGAAACAACGGGCACAUGAUGUACGUCUUUAACCGCAACGGCGUCUGCCUGCUCUACCGCGAGUGGAAUCGGCCGCUUCACACCCUGAACCAGCAGCAGGAUCACAAGCUAAUGUUCGGUCUCCUCUUCUCCCUCAAGUCGCUCACCGCCAAGAUGGACCCCACCACGCAGGACAAGUCCAACCUCGGCGUCCCUCAGCUGCCCGGGCAAGGCUGCUCCUUCCAUAGCUUCCGCACCAACACCUACAAGCUCACUUUCAUGGAGUCCCCUUCCGGCAUUAAGAUCAUAUUGGUUACUCAUCCUGGAACUAGUGACUUGAGGGAGUCGUUGAAGUACAUUUACAACUUGUAUGUCGAGUACGUUGUGAAGAACCCGCUUUACACUCCCGGAACUCCAAUCGGGUGUGAGCUAUUCAACACGACUCUUGACCAGUACGUCAGGAGCAUUUCAUAGAAGCUCAAGGAAGCAUUCAGUUAGCAUUCUUUCUGCCGACAUUUACUCUUACCUUGGACCGAAGCCGAUGGACAUUUGGGUUCAUUCAGAUGCAGGUCAUUGAAAUGUACCAUGUCGUGGAUAAUUUCUGCAACUUGAUUCUAAGAGUUUUACAAUGAGAUAUGAGCGUACAUUUUCAUCCGUGCGGACUCGAUGUGUUCAGUGGCAUCAUGUAGUGUCCAAUUUGAUUAUGACAAAUUGAUUUGAUGUAAUAUUGGAAGCAUGAUUUGUUAAUUGUCAUCAGUUACCGAAUUGUUUGGCUUUUCUUAUCAAAUUUUUAGUGUUUCUAUA